AUGAAAUCAUUAAUUUUAUUACAAUUGAUGAUGCAAUUCUUUUUGGCCAAUAUUUAUGGUCAAAAAGAUCCCAAUUGCGAUAGCGUAAACGAUCCAUGUGUAUUAGCAAAUUCAAUAUUACAUCCAUGUAAUGGGAAACUUAUAACAAUACCUCCUGAAGCAUUGAGUGGUGCUGUUCAAUUUCAAUAUAAGUUUAGCAAGGAUGGUCCUGGAACCAGUAUUACCGUGGAACCUUUUCAGGAUUUUGCGAACGCUUGUGCCGAUGCAGGAUUUGCCAUUGAAUUGCAACAACCAAAAGCGCCGAAACCAAGGAAAGUUGACAAGUAUUGUGGGACUGUAAAGGAUCCAUGUAAAUUGGUAAACUCCACGUUAAGUCCAUGUGGUGGAUACUUUCCUUCACCAACUCCUGAAGAAUUGAAUGGUGGAAUUUCAUCUAUAUAUAAACUUGCUUCUAGUGAUAUUAGUAUAUUCCCUUGUGCUUGCAACGCCGAACUCUACUCGUUAUUUUAUAGAUGCACAACGUGUUUCAUGAAACCGGGAAAUGAUAUUACCAUGGAAACUCUUGAUGAUUAUAAAGCGACUUGUAUUGAAGCAGGCCUUAAUUUUGAAGUAUUUUCUGACGAACCGCAACAAAUACCAAAAUCAACGUCGUCAACAUCUACGUCGUCAACAACUACAUCAAUUUCAACACCUACAAAAUCACCCUCCGAAAAACCACCAACACCUACCCCACCCAUUGUAAAAGAUCCAUCUUGUAAUACUGAUAAUGAUCCUUGUUCGGCGAUAAAUAAUCUAUUGAAGCCUUGUAACGGAAUUUUAUACCCACCAUCUAAAUUAUUUAAAAAUAUUUUAGAUCCAAAUUUAUUGCCUUGUAUGUGUACUGCUAGAUUUUACAACGAGUUAGCAAAAUGUAUGACAUGUUUCGUUCCAGAGUAUAAUAUUACUGUCGUGCCAGUGCUCGAAUAUGGACAAAUUUGCAAGACAUCGUCGAACGAUGGGUCAUCUCUAACUCUAUUAAAAGAUUCGUCUCUCUUGCUUAAUUUAUGUAUAACGUUUAUGGUUAAUUUUGUAUAA